AGAGAUAAGGUUAUCUCUGUGUUUCUCCCGUGCGGUUCCAAUGGGGAAAAAAACACCAUUACCAUCGCCGCCGCUUUGGCAUACCGGCCAGGGCUGCGUCACGCGCGCCUGAAGUCUGGCGCCAUGGGCAGGCAGCUUUGAGCCGCCGCGGCUGUCGUUCCUGAGGGCGCUUGGAGCAACCACGACGGAGGGAGACGCACAGGGAGAAACGGCGUCGGGGCCGGAAAGAGGCCGCGUGGGCUUGAAGCCGUCCCGAGGCCGAGUAUCUCACCGGGGCCGACGGCUGUGGGCGCACCGGGAGGAGUAGCGUCAAACGUCGGGCACGCUUCGGUCUGGGAGUCGCCUCCACUGUCGGGAAGUCCCGCCGGAGGACGCUGAUGCGCCGCGGUCCGGGCCGAGCGCCAUGGCUGGCUGCGUGCGUGCAGGAGGAUGCUGCCUCUGCUGCAGGGUGGGGAGCACCGUCGUCCCUGGCCGUGCGUGGCGGCAGAUCGCGCCUACUGCCGGAGGCGAGCACUCCGCCGUACAAGCCUGAGCGCAUAAGGCGCCGUGCACAUGGAGAUGGCCGGCCUCUCUCCAAGGAAGACACCGGACAACGUGGUCGCUGCGUUCAGCGCCGACGAUGGCCGGGAGCGGGUUCCCGGCCCUUGCCGAUGGGGAGGCCGAGAGCCUUUAGCCGCGAGGAGCCAUGACGGCAGGAGCGGCGUUGAGGCCGACGGCGUCCACCACGCCCGGGAGCGUUGCGGCCAUGGCCAUGCAUCACGGUCUCGCCGGCGUCUUUUAAGCGCAGGCGCCAUACACGCUAGGGUAUUUGAGGACUGGCCGAGGCCUGCCGAUCUGCGCCAGAUGCAGGACGAGGGCGGCGGCGUCUGCCGGGGAGCGUCGCUGCUGCUCUUCGAGACGUCGCCGGCCUCGGUCUUCCACCGUUCCGUGUCGCCCCAUGAGGCCGAUACUCGCUCUGUCGAGAGCGUGCUGAUAACGUGUUAGAGUAAAACGAGAUUGAAAGCGAAAGGACAAUCAAUCCUGGUUUUCAUUGAUUCUCAAGUAUAUAUACAUCUCGAAGAGGUGGGAAGAAGAGGUGUCUGUUCGAAGGCAUCCCUCUAGAACGGGUGCCUAUUGACAAUAGAAAGAGAGAAGGGACAUGACUGUUCGGGAUUGGACACAUCCCUUUACUAAUGACUAUUCAUUAAUUAGCAUGUGCUAAUUAAUCUACUAAUUAAUU